GCAUGUGUGCGCCCGCGUUCUAUAAUUAUUACAAGCAAAAUCAGGAGGGUAUGUACUUAGUUUAUGUCUCCGCUGUAGGCGAGCCGGUGAAAAUGCCACCGGAGAUAGAGGGAGUAGUUGCCAAGUACCCUAACCUAUUUGAAGAGCCGACAGGGGUUAUAAAAAGGGAGGUCGUCCGCGCGAUAGAGAGUAUCCCAGGGUCUAGCAUCCCGAAGGGUAGGAUCUAUCGGAUGUCUCCAAGCGAGCUCGAUGAGCUUCACCGACAACUCAAGGAACUCGUAGAGAAGGGUUGGAUCCGGCCGAGUGUCUCUCCUUAUGGAUCUCUAGUGUAUUUCGUACCUAAGAAGAAUGAGGGCACACUUAGGAUGUGCAUUGAUUAUAGGGGCCUCAAUGCCAUCAUUGUUAAGAACAGAGAGCCCCUACCACGCAUCGAUGAUUUGCUUGAUAGAGUGCAAGGGUGUCGGUUCUUCAGUAAGAUAGAUCUGAAGUCCGGGUACCAUCAGAUUGCAAUCCGGCCCGAGGAUCAACACAAAACCGCCUUUCAAACCAGGUACGGUCUAUACGAGUUUGUGGUGAUGCCUUUCGGCCUUUGCAAUGCUCCUGGCACCUUUCAGCACGCUAUGAAUCGGAUAUUCCAUGACUACUUGGAUAAGUUUAUCAUCGUGUACCUCGAUGACAUACUUAUUUUUAGUAAGACUGUCGAGGAGCAUGUUGCACACUUGGACAAAGUCCUCAGUCUCCUGCGCCAGCACAUGUUUAAUAUCAACAGUGAGAAGUGCGAGUUUGGCCGCACCCGUGUCUUGUACUUGGGUCAUGAGAUAUCCGCGGAAGGGUUAAAGCCCGAUGACGCGAAGGUGGCCAGCAUUCGUGAUUGGCCACGUCCUCAGUCUGUGACUGAGAUGAGACCUUUCUUAGGAAUGACAGGCUACUAUAGGACUUUCGUUAAAAACUACAGCAUAGUGGUCGCUCCUUUGAUUGAUCUGACCCGCCUUGACACCCCAUGGGAAUGGACAAAUGAGUGCGAGGCUGCUUUCAGACAUUUGAAGCAUGCGUUGACGCACUACGAGGUCUUGAAACUUCCAGAUCCAAAUAAGCCGUUUAUAGUCACCACGGAUGCCAGCCAAUAUGGCAUUGGCAUCGUGCUCGUGCAGCAGGAGGGGCCAAAGUUGAGGCUUGUAGAGUACAUGUCCAAGAAAAUGCUGUCUCAGAAGUUGGCUACGUCCACCUAUGAGAAGGAACUCUAUGCAGUUUACAAGGCGCUGACCCAUUGGAGGAACUACCUCCUUGGGAGGUUCUUCAUCCUCAGGACUGAUCAUCAGACCCUGAGAUGGAUGAGAACUCAGUCGGCACUCUUUGACGCUCUCAAGCGUUGGAUCGAAGUCAUUGAGCAAUAUGACUUUGACCCUCGGUAUCCGAAAGGGGAGUACAACAAGGUUGUUGAUGCCUUGUCGCGUAGACCUGAUUUCUCAGGUGCGCUGAUUACUGAGUUCGAUGUGACGGACAAUGUUAAUCAGUCCUUGGUGGAAGCCUAUCGCGAGGACCAGUUCAUGUCUGAGAUCAUACGCAGACCUCAGGCGAAGGACAAGAAGACCUCUGCCGAGUUUGAGUUGGUCAAUGGCUUGCCGUUCCUUGAGAAGGCAGGGAAUAAACGAUUGUGUGUCCCUAAUAGCGAGUCUUUGCGUAGCUUAUUUUUAGGUGAGUGUCAUGAUGCCACCGGCCAUUUUGGGUACAAGAAGACUGCAGCUAAUCUGCUGCAGCGGUUUUGGUGGCCCACGAUGAUGCGAGAUGCCCAGCUCUACGUGGAGACUUGUCAAGUCUGUCAGAGGGACAAGCCACGUACGCAGGCUCCUCUUGGGCUUUUGAAGCCCCUUCCGAUCCCCGAACGGCCUGGUGAGAGUCUGUCCAUGGACUUCAUGGAUACUCUAGUCACCAGCAAGAGUGGGAUGCGACACAUCUUCGUCAUCGUGGAUAGAUUUAGGAAGUACGCUAGGUUAGUAGCAAUGCCGGAAACAGCAAAGACGAAGUAUGUGAUCCGAAUGCUCAAAGAGAACCGGGUUUGAGACUUUGGGUUACCGAAGUCUAUUAUCAGUGACAGGGAUGUCCGGUUUACAAGUG